CGGAGCCUGCGCUUUGUCAUUCGCGCCGUAUUAAUAGUGGAGUGGCCGCGGCAGUGGCAGUCGGCGGUGCAGCGCCAGCCAAGUAGCAUUGUGCACCGACAAACCACGCGCGACAGUGUGCCUGCCUUCCCGGCCACUCGCGCGCACCUGACUGGACACUCAAGUGAGGCGAGCACGAGCGACGAGAUGGAUUGAAGCGCGAGCCCAGCGCGAGAAUGCGGCCCGUGCCGGUGUGCGUGCUGCUGGUGUGCGCGGCGGUGUGCGGGCCGGUGGCGCUGGGGCGCGGCGUCGGCGUCAACGCUUCCGUGGCGUUCAGUUCGAUGCAGUGCUCGAACGUGGAGCCGCAGUGCGCACGCCUCUGCAGCCGAAGCGACGGCCACCAGCGUCAGCUGCGCAUCGGACUCGCCCUGCCCAAGGACAGCGACUCCUUCAUGCCGGCCCUCAGCAGGGUGCGUCCUUGGGUUGAAAAAGCGUUGGAGGUGGCGCACCUGAAGAACUUGAUCCCGCGCAGCGAGUUUGAUGUGUGUGUGAUCGAGGGCGACACGCGCUGCAGCAUGGAGCACGGCCUCAUCACCGCCGUCGACCUCAUGGGCAGGUGCUGUCCACACGUCUUCGUCGGACCCACCUGCGAACUCAGUCUCUCCAGUGUGGCCAGGCUAGUCAAGCUGUGGCAGACACCGCUGAUCACAGCUGGCGGGUUGGCGUCUGACUAUACCGUGGACAGGACUAGCCCCGAGUCAGAGUACUUCCUCCUCGUCAGAGUUGGCUGGUCCUUCAGGGACAUUGCCGCCGCCCUCGUUGCAUUUAUGGACAAACACAACUGGCGCAAAAUCAUGCUCAUAUACGACACGUUUGGGUACGCAACAGUGUCAGGCUUUCAAACGUGCUACCUGAUGAUGACGUCGCUGGUGAGCCUUCUGAAACAGAAGAACAUAACCUACUCUGCUUACGACACUGACAAGAACAAGCAGAAUUCCAUCAAAGAGAAUCUCAUGCGCGAAAUGGGAGUCACCUACAGCAUCGUGGUGGUGUGCGCCAAUCAGACAACCGUCAGGGAAAUCCUGUUGGCCGCCGAGGAACUGAACAUGGUCGGCAGCGGCGAGUAUGUCUUCUUCAACAUCGAACUCUACAGCGGGAACGCGGUGCAGCAGCCGUGGAACGUGUCCACAGACCCACCAGAGAGGAACGAGCGGGCCCGCAAGGCAUACGAAGCGUUGCUGACGGUGACCGCGCGCACACCCAAAGACACCGAGUACGAGCAGUUCUCCAGCGAGAUCGGCCAGCUCGCCAAAGACAGGUACAAUUUCACUUACGCAUCCGAGGAGGGCGUCAGCACAUUCGUCACGGCCUUCCACGAUGCUGUCCUCCUCUACGCACACGCCCUCAGGGAAACUCUGGACAACAAUGGCACCGAAAGGGAUGGCGAGGACAUUACUCGCAGAAUGUGGAACAGGACCUUUACUGGCAUCGCUGGCGAUGUCACCAUAGACAGCAAUGGAGACCGCGUCGCCGACUACUCGCUGCUCGACCUGGACCCAGAAACCAAUUCUUUUCAUGUGGUGGCCAACUACGUGGGCCAGAACCGCAGCCUCGAGUUCGAGCCGGGCAAGAAAAUCCACUGGGCGGGCGGCAGGACGAGCGCACCCCUCGACACCCCAGUUUGUGGAUUCGACGGCAGCCUGUGCCCCGACAAUUCGUUGCCUGGAUACGCGAUUCUCAGCAUCGUUUUGAGCUCUGUCGUCGUUGUGCUCUCGAUCGUGUCAUUUUUCAUCUACAGGCACUACAAAAUCGAGGCGGCAAUCGCCUCAAUGACCUGGAGGAUCAGCUGGUCGGAAAUCAACGUGAUGGGCAUGGAGGCGGCCAAACGGGGUGGUGGCAGCGUCCACAGCCUCGCCAAGAGCGUCAAUACCCUCUAUUCUGAAGACGCGGCCAGCAUCAUCGAAAAUAACCGGCAAAUGUUUGUUCCUACUGCUGUGUACAAGGGCUCCAAAGUGGCAAUAAAGAUCAUCUACAGAGACCGCGUGGAUCUGGUGCGGCCGCUGCUGCUGGAGCUGAAAAAGAUGAAGGACAUCCACCACCAGCACCUGGUGCGCUUCAUCGGCGCGUGCAUCGAGCCGCCGCACUGCUGCCUCCUCACCGAGUACUGCCCCCGCGGCAGCCUCCAGGACAUCCUCGAGCACGAGCAGAUCCAACUCGACCCCGUCUUCAGGUACAGCCUUAUGCACGACGCCGUCAAGGGUAUGUGUUUUCUGCACGCGAGCGACAUCCGCACUCACGGCAAUCUGAAAUCGUCCAACUGCGUGGUCGACUCGCGUUUCGUGCUCAAAAUCGCUGAUUUUGGCCUGCACAGUUUGCGCGGCUUGCACUCGUCGGUGGAUCUGCCAAACACUGACGCCUAUGCUUAUUGGAAAAGGCAACUGUGGACCGCACCGGAGUUGCUGAGGAUGAAGUACGGUCCGCCGCUGGAAGGCACACAAAAGGGAGAUGUCUACUCAUUCGGAAUUAUUAUGCACGAAAUCCUUUCGCGUCAGGGAGCUUUCUACCUCCCCGAGCACGCUGAAUACAGUCCUAGAGAAAUAGUGGAGGCUGUGAAGGCAGGCGUGCGGCCUCUGAUGCGGCCAUCGUUGAGCGGGUUGCAGUGCGAGCCACAGGUGGUGCAGCUGAUGACCAGUUGCUGGGCGGAGGAUCCGAUCGAGAGGCCAGACUUUUCCUACCUCAAGUCCGCCAUCAGAAGGCUCAACAGCGGCCACGAGAGCAGCAACAUCCUGGACAAUCUGCUGCGGCGGAUGGAGCAGUACGCCAACAAUCUGGAGACCUUGGUCGAGGAGCGCACUACUGACUACCUUGAAGAAAAGCGCAAAUGCGAGGAGCUGCUCUACCAGCUGCUUCCCAAAUCCGUGGCCAGCCAACUUAUUUUGGGCAACAGCGUGAUCGCCGAGACCUAUGACAACGUGACCAUCUACUUCUCGGAUAUAGUCGGCUUCACGUCUCUCUCGGCCGAGAGCACACCUCUGCAGGUGGUCGACUUGCUGAAUGAUCUGUACACGUGCUUUGAUUCCAUCAUUGAAAACUUUGACGUGUACAAGGUGGAGACGAUUGGUGACGCGUACAUGGUAGUGUCGGGCUUACCGGUGCGCAACGGUGACAACCACGCGCGAGAAAUUGCACGCAUGGCGCUAGCCAUGCUGAACACGGUGCUGGGCUUCAAAAUCCGGCACCGGCCCGACCAGCGCCUCAAGCUUCGCAUUGGCCUGCACUCGGGCCCGUGCGUGGCCGGCGUCGUCGGCCUCAAGAUGCCCAGGUACUGCCUCUUCGGCGACACCGUCAACACUGCCUCCAGGAUGGAAUCCAACGGCCUUGCACUGAAAAUUCACGUCAGUUCGGCAACGAAAGCAGUUCUAGAUAUUUUCAAAACGUUCCAUCUGGAGCUCAGGGGAGAAGUGGAAAUGAAGGGUAAAGGCAAGCAAACGACAUACUGGCUGGUGGGGGAAAACGCACCCGCGAAGGCAGCGAGCGCCCCUAAGACACCAAACCUUGCCGUCUGCCCCGCAUUUCCAGGCGUCGGGGAGCCCUUGGGUCCGAACGGGGCGCUCACUGAGGAGCCAACCUCGUCCACACCCCUGCUGGCCAGCACGCACACCGCCGACGCAACGGCGCUCAGCGACUCCAGGCUGUGAUUACAGAGCACUACUUUUCGUUUCAAGUACUAUAAUUAUGUAUUAAUUAACUGUUAAGAUGAAGUAAAAUAUCGCCUCAGACACGCCAGCAUUUUAUGUAUGUGUAUCAGCGAAAAAUCGUCUGCUUCAAGAGACUGUCGUUCAAACGGGCAGAAAAAGUAUGUCAAGAUGGUUGCUGUGUUAAAUUGCAUUUCUGAAGAAUACUAUUGUUGUACUGUAUGACUAUAUUACUUAUUUAUAAAUGUGUUGAAAGCAGA